AUGGCAUCGGCAAGAGGAGUGCUGCUUCCACUGGCCCAGUACAGGUUCUCGCCAGAACCUGAGUGCUGUAGUUUACCAACGGUGGUGAGAAGCGACAAGCUCUUCAUCCCAGGCCAGAGCGGAGGUGCCAACAUCAGCACGGGCGGCGUUGAUGGCGUUGAGAGCGUUGGUCUGAUCACCAGUGAGGUUGUCGUUGGAGGUGGAAGACUUGCUGUCGGUGGUGGUGGUAGUGGUGGUUGUGGCGGCAGCUGCAGAGGUGGUAGUCGCAGCCUCGGACGCGGAAGCGACGACGACGACAGUGGCGGGUGA